CAGGGAGUUGCCUGUUUUUUGAGAAUAUAGGGGCGGGGUCUGUGACUCACGAACUUCCUCUGUGGUGUAGAUUUUGCUCUUAUUCUGGAACGAGUGGAUUAGCCUAGUGCUUGCAACAGUGUUAGCAAGCAGUGUGUUUAGAGGCUGCUGAAUGUCUGUAGAAACGGGGAAGGGAAAGGACAGCAGAAGACAAUCGACUUCUCAGACCGCUGAAGUUCGCACGGCAGAAAUUUCUGAACUUGUUGCACACGGGUCUGAAUCUGAAGACACCAUGAGCGAGCGAUUCGACUGUGAUAACUGCAAGGAGUCCCUGUAUGGCAGGAAGUAUAUCCAGUCAGAGGACAGUCCUUACUGCAUCCCCUGCUACGACAGCCGAUUCGCUAACACAUGUGAUGAGUGCAAAGAACUGAUCGGACACGACGCCAGGGAGCUGUUCUAUGAGGAUCGUCACUACCACGAGCACUGCUUCCGCUGCUUUCGGUGCGACCGCUCGCUGGCAGACGAGCCCUUCACCAGCCAGGAGGAGGAGCUGCUCUGUAAUGACUGCUACUGCAAUGAAUUCUCAUCCAAGUGCGUCGCCUGCGAUGAGACAGUCAUGCCAGGCUCACGGAAGUUGGAAUACAGUGGUAGCACCUGGCAUGAAAGCUGUUUCAUUUGCAACAGUUGCAAGCAGCCUAUAGGAUCGAAGGCUUUCAUUCCUGAUAAGGAGGAUCAUUACUGUGUUCCCUGCUACGAGAAUAAGUUCGCCCCGCGCUGCACUCGAUGCAAGAAGGCGCUAGCCAAGGGUGGAGUGACCUACCGUGACGAGCCGUGGCACAAAGAGUGCUUCGUCUGCACUGGCUGCAAGACCCAGCUGGCUGGCCAGCCCUUCACCUCUCGGGAAGACAGCCCCUACUGCCUGAAGUGCUUCGGUAACCUGUACGCCAAGAAGUGUGAAGCAUGCAGCAAACCCAUCACAGGUUUUAGCGGAGGUAAAUACAUCUCGUUUGAAGAACGCCAGUGGCAUCAGACCUGCUUCACCUGCUCCAGAUGCUCUGCCUCCCUGGUGGGGAAAGGCUUCUUCCCAGAGAACGAUGAGGUCCUGUGUCGAGAGUGUAACGGCGACCUAUAAACCAAUGGCUCUCCGCAGUCCUUUAGAGAACAGACCAUUGUCAUUGAAUAAACCCAUUGAAAAGGGUGCAUCUGGAAGUGUGUGGAGAAUUGUUGAGUGUGUGAAUGGACUGAAUGGACCUGAAAAAAUGUUGUUCAAAUAAUAAUAGCUGCAUCUAUAUAUAUAUAUCCACGUUUUUGGCGGGUUUCGAGCGAAUCUGUACUCCAAAUCAUUAGCACAAUUUUUUUUUUUUCCAGAAAAGAAAAAACGCAACCAAGUACAUUUUAAAAUGUUCAAUAUAUCCAUGACAAAUAUAUAUUUGAGCCACAGCUCUUUCAAAUGCUUUAUUUUUUUUAAUGUUGCUGUUUAUCAUUCUUUUAGUUGAAGGUUUCAUUUUUGAAUGUACAUUCAAACUGUUACAAAUGACCAAAACCUUUUUUUUUUUUUUUCCAGUCCACUGUAGUAAUACUUAAUGUAUAUUAAAGAUAUUCUGGCAUGCUUAGAUAUACACUAUAAAAGCUUUUAGGUAUUAUCUAUAAAAUGUAAAUCAAACCAAAAAAUGUCUAAUAAAAAAAUAAAAAGGGACCCAUACAUAUAAUUUAUUUUUGAAAAGCAAUAAUAAUGCUUGCUUUAUUUCAUCACCAAUUUUAAAGUCAUUAAGUAGAGCAUAUUCAUGUGCAAGCCAAGGUCUAAAAUUGAACAUUUGUAUUUGGUUGCAUCAUCUUAAGCUCAAAACCACUAAAACUGGAUGAUGAUUUUUUUUUUUGUUUGUUUGUUUUUUUCAUAACUGGGUACCAUAUACACACUUCCCUAAAAGGUCCAUUGGUUUUCUAAAGUGUGACACCAUAUGUGUGUAUAUAUAUAUAUAUAUAUAUAUAUAUAUAUAUAUAUAUAUAUAUAUAUAUAUAUAUAUAUACAUGCAAGUACAUAUGUACUCGCUCUUCAUUCUACAGUGUUUUUUGUAACCACUAAUAAAAUUCCAAUAAAAUUGAUUUAUUUUCAUCAUUUGGGUUUCACACACAGAUCUCCCCAUCAUGUUACCACUGAUAACACACAACUUUUGUAUUUUUCUAUCUAUGCUGUGUUUUCUUUUUCCCUACCUGUAUGUUAUCUUGAAUAGUAUUAUUGCUUUGUAACCAAAAGGUUUGGAAAAGUGGGCUAGCCCCAAACUCCACAUUGUACUUUGUUAAAGAGAUUAAGGGCUAGAUGUACUAAAGUGUUGUGGCUGUCACAAACGAGUCGGAAGUCUAGGGUGAAAUGUACUAAACAAGCGCAAUGCUUUUAUGUGACUUUUUUUAGGGGAUGCUUUACAGCAGCAGUUUUGCUUUGUGGUUCAGCCUUCGGGCGUUCCUGCAUAAAUUAGCAAAAAGGGGGUGGGAGAUUACGCAAAUCCAGGGUUCUCAAACAUUUUAAUGAGGUGUACUAAAGCAGCUGGCAAAUGCAACAUUUAUAAUUGCAUGAAUUUGGUAACUUGAAAGCAUGUUUUAAACAGUCACAAUUGUUGCUGGCAUUUCCCAGUGUGCCUUUUCUCAUGCAUUGCCAGUUGUGCUCAAUGCGUUUUGAGGCAAACAGUCAAAUACCUAUUUUUCCCUAAAAGUAGGGUGUACUUGCAAGACUUUAAAACUAUGUAGGAAUAGGAUACAUACCUGUUCUAUUAAUGUGCAGGUGGUUUGUAAUUGUGCACAAUUUCGCACUGCACCACUGAGUAACUUAAAUAAAAACUGACUAUACAUUUGGCUUAUAGGCUACUCAUGAAAAUACGAGUUAGUGGUAUAAUGUAAAAAUUUGUUGCUGGUCCUUUUGAAAUUCGUAUAAACAAGAAUUGACUGCCCUGUAAGUAUCAUAUCUUGUCAUUGCGGCACCAUGAUUUAUUUUGUGCUAAUUGUCUAGGCUAUUAAGUACACGAAAGUACAUAACAAUUAAACGCUAACAUUGUUUCAGUUUAAAAUAAUGUCUACAAUGCAGCAGCAUGAUUUAUUUUGAGUUAUCGGUAGGCUACAAGCUAAAGUAAAAAGUGCACUAGGUAUGUGUUUGAUUUUACUACUGUACUGUAUAGGCGUACUGUACAGAUUUAUAUCUUUCAUAAUGUAAUGUGUAGCCUACCCAAAACACAUUAGUGUAUUUCAGUGCAAUAAUGUAUACAUUUAAAAUACAUUGAGCACUAUAAAUGUGUGUGCGAUUAUUUUUUAUUUUGUUGAACCCCAACACCACCUUAUGUUGGACAAACAUGUCCGGUUUAGCGAAAUGCACGAUUAUGAAAAGCUUUUUGAUAAACACAUUUUUUAUUUGGCAGUGAAAGUGGGGCCCCACUGUAGAAUCUGAUGAGAUUAAACUGCCUUUCAUUAUUUAUUUGAAAAAAAGUUGCACGACUCUUGCAAUGCUAGAGAUCACUCUAAGAUGACGCAACAAAUAUUUAAGUUGGUGUAUUGCAGCUCUCUUCAUUAACAUAUUUUCUGUUGGUACAAACCACAAAAUGUAUACACUACGUGAAUUGCAACAGAAAUGCAAAUUGCGUUGUGACUGGCCCAUCUUCGUACAUCUACCUGUACGAAUGGUAUGCAUGUUGAAUUUAGUGUUUGUUUUUUGUUUGUUUUUUAUAGUCACCUAUGCAAAUUCAUAUUCCACUUUUUUUUCAAUAGCUUUGAUGCUGGCAAGUCAGAGUGUACUACUUUAUGCUUUAUAAUGCUUAUGAGGUUGUAAACUGUAAUUCUCUGAGCAUGAAGACCUUUGUUUAAAAAGAAAAGAAUGUUCUGCAUAUUAUUAAUUUUCAUUUUAUAUGAUUUUGUAAACAAAACAAAUUAAAGAAACAUUUAUAAAUAAA